AUGAUCCUUUUACAUUAUAGUCGUUAUGAUGGGGUUUCACGUGACUCUUUGUUCGUCGAAUCUUUGGGGAUCAAAAAAAACAAAAAGGUGAAGAUUUAUGACGAAGGUGAGGGCAGGGGCUCAUCCCCUCUUGCCCCACCACCCUCAAAUGCCAGAACGAACAAAGAUAUGUUUAUGUGCAUCCCCUCAUUGAGAGGGGGGUAUUUGUUUGCUGUUUUGUUUAGUUCAACAACAUUGGCUCAGGAUGUAGUGACAGACCCCAUUAUUGAUUUUGGUGCACGUUGUGAAGUGAUUAACCCUGCUUCUCAAUGUGUUCCCUAUUUAAAUUACACCAAUGUAUUUAUUGGCAAUGGUACCAACCAAACAUACAUUGAACAGAUAACAUCAGAUGUAUUAUAUCAAUUAUUGUUGGCGCCAACAGAGUGUCAGGUUCCUGCCAUCUCUUUAACUUGUUUAGGUGCAUAUAGACAAUGUAAUUCAAUUGAACAUUCAACACCACAAAUCAAUAUAGCAUCACCUAUUUGUUAUUCUCAGUGUGAUAAAACAUAUCAAGGAUGUCAUGCAUUCUUUGAAACAUUUGGUAUACCAUUUUCAUGUGAUGGCACGACCAAUGGAACAGUCGAUUUCCCAGUCAUAGGAUUACAAUAUAAUUUUAGUCAAUAUAACGCAUCAUCUGAUGUUGUUAUACCUUGUAAUAUAGAAUCAACAACAAACGCAAAUAUCACAGAUUGUCCAUUAGGAUUACAAUAUGUACCAGAGGAUAAAAGAGAUGAUAAAUUAAUUAAUUUUAUUUCAGAGGGAUGUGCCAUUCCAUGUCCAUUCAGAGCACUGUCAGACAAAGAGUAUGAUAUUACACCACCGACCAAAGCAGUCAUUCGAUACUUGUCUUUGAUAGCUUCAAGUAUUCUAUUGAUCGUUUAUGUGGUCGUUCCCAAUGUUAUUACACCAAGAAUGGAGUGUAUCAUCUACUAUUCUCUGGCAAGUAUACUUUUCACAGCGUCUUCGUUUAUCGAGUCGUCCGAAGACCAUUUCGAGUGUGGUGAUGGUCUCUAUCGUUACAAGUACCAAUCCGAUGUAUCAUGUGGUAUAAGUUAUUUCCUUUUCCAAUUUGGUGCUCUCAAUAUCAUCUUUUGGUGGGGAAUGAUUGCUUAUGAUUUUUAUGUUACAACUCAAAUUAAGAGUAUAGCAAAUUUUUGGAGAUUUAGAAUUGGACUUUGGUCCACAUCUGCUUUAUUAGCAGCAAUACCAUUAAUGGGUGGACAGGUGGGAGCUCAAAUUUCAACGGGUAAUUGUUGGAUCUUGACCAAUGACACUCAACUUUGGCAAUAUCUUACUUUUCUCGUACCUGUUUGGAUCGUCUUGCUCGUCAUUACAUUCUUUAUGAUGGCUUCACUUUUAAAAGUUUACAAGUUUUAUAAAGUUGUAAAAGAUAAGAAUUUAUUAUUUUUUAAUAUUAAAAUGAUUUUAGUAUUAUUAUAUGUAGUAUUGAUAUCAAUUUUCUUGUUAUUUUAUAUGGUUUAUUUAAAUGGUAGAAAACAUAUUUAUUUGGAUAUUAUAUCAGAUUAUAUCAAAUGUAUUGUCGCCAAUAAGAAUGACUUGACAAAAUGUUCGGUGGUGUUUCCCGAUUUCGAGGUUAGAUAUGUUUGUACGAUUACGUUUGGAUCGUUGGGUGUACUUGGAUUUAUAUCAUUGUUGGUGGAUACUGGCAAUAAACAACUGUUUGUCACAUCGAGUAAGAUUAUCUAUGUCAUUAACAAGUUCUUGGCAUUCAAGCAAUCGUUGACCAAUUCAUCGACCACUUCAUCGAUAUCAACUGGAUCAUCCAAGUCGCCGGCAUCGGCCAGCAGUGCCAAAAACACCGCGCCAUCUUCACCAUCUUGGUUACAAGCUUCCAAACAAAACAAAUUACAACAAAAUAGACAAUCAAUGAAUAUCAACAUCAGUAAAAUAUUAAAUCAACAAAGAGUUAAUUAUAUUUCAACAAGUGAAUCAAAUCAAAAUAUUCAUCAAAUUGAAAUGGAUCAAUUAGACAUUAAUAAUAAUAACAACAACAACGCAUCUGAUGAUCCAAAUAAUAAUAAUAAUAACAAUAACAAUAAUAACGAAUUAGGCAACAUUAUUUUAAAUAAUAAUGACGACAACAACAACAACAACAACAAUACGGAUAAUAAUAAUAAUAAUAGUAAUAAUAAUAAUAGCGGUAAUCAUGAAAUAAUUAAUAAUAAUAAUAACGAUAAUACUAAUAAUAAUAAUAAUAAUAAUAAUAAUAAUAAUAUUAAUGGUGACAUUAAUAAUAAUAAUAAUAGUAAUAUUGACAAUUAA